AUGAGAGUGCAGGCUUGCGGAAGGAGGUUUUCCACGACCUCGUUCACGCUCCAGGGCCAGAACCUUGUGGAAAAGAUUGUACAAAAGUACGCUGUGGGCUUGCCUAAGGACAAGGUGGUCCACACAGGCGACUACGUGUCGAUCCAGCCUGCACACGUGAUGUCGCAUGACAACUCGUGGCCCGUGGCACUCAAGUUUAAGGGGCUUGGCGCCAAGAAGGUGAAGGACAACCGGCAAAUUGUGAACACGUUGGAUCACGACGUGCAGAACAAGACGGAGAAGAACCUCACCAAGUACGAGAACAUCAAGAACUUUGCAAAGGAGCAGGGUAUUGACUUCUAUCCAGCAGGAAGGGGUAUCGGGCAUCAGAUCAUGAUCGAGGAGGGGUACGCCUUCCCUGGGAACAUGACUGUUGCGUCGGACUCCCACUCAAACACCUACGGUGGUAUCGGGGCGCUUGGAACAGCCAUCGUGCGGACAGACGCGGCCGCCAUCUGGGCGACGGGUCAGACCUGGUGGCAGAUUCCACCUGUGGCGAACGUCGUCUUGGAAGGAGAGUUGCCAAAGGGGACCACGGGUAAGGACAUUAUUGUGGCGCUUUGCGGAUUGUUCAACAACGACGAGGUGUUGAACCAUGCGAUAGAGUUCACCGGAGAGGCGGUAAAACACCUUCCUGUCGACUACCGGUUGACGAUCGCCAACAUGACAACGGAAUGGGGUGCGUUGAGCGGAGUGUUCCCCAUCGACGAGACGCUUGUCAACUGGUACACGAACAGACUGCUAAGGGUGGGGCCUAACCACCCAAGAAUCAACGUUAAGACCGUUGAGAACUUGCAGCAAAACAAGGUCACAGCCGACGAGGAUGCCUUCUAUGCCAAGACCUUGAGAAUCGACCUUUCGACCUUGAGUCCGUACGUGGCCGGGCCUAAUUCCGUCAAGAUCGGCACCUCUAUCGACAAGUUGAGUUCCAAAAACAUGAAGAUCAACAAGGCGUACUUGGUCUCGUGCACGAACUCCCGUUUGUCCGACAUCAAGGCGGCUGCAGACGUGGUCAAGGGCAACAAAAUUGCGCCUGGGGUCGAGUUCUACAUUGCUGCGGCCUCGUCGGAGGUUCAGCAGGACGCCGAGGCAGACGGUGCAUGGAAAACCUUGAUUGAAGCCGGAUGCAUCCCGUUGCCGGCCGGGUGUGGCCCCUGUAUUGGCUUGGGUGCCGGUUUGUUGAAGGAGGGGGAGAUCGGUAUCUCUGCCACGAACAGAAACUUCAAGGGCCGGAUGGGCUCCAAGGACGCUCUUGCGUUCUUGGCCUCUCCUGAGGUUGUUGCCGCUUCCGCCGUUUUGGGCAAGAUUGCAGCCCCAGAAGAGGUUGCCGGCGAGCCAUGCCAUCCUGCCACAGAGGUGAAGAAGGUGGUCACGGUGAACAAGAAGCCCGAGAGUACCACAGACGCUGCUUCAGCAGAGGCUGCAUCUGCGUCUGCAUCCUCGUCGUCCGUGUUGGAGGGCUUCCCCGAGCUGAUCGAGGGAGAGGUCAUCUUCUGUGACGCGGACAACGUCAACACUGACGGGAUCUACCCGGGUAAGUACACGUACCAGGACGACGUGCCUAGAGAGAAGAUGGCUGAGGUGUGCAUGGAGAACUACGACUCGGAGUUUGGCAGCAAGACGCACGCAGGCGACAUCAUUGUGUCUGGCUUCAACUUUGGCACAGGAUCCUCGAGAGAACAGGCGGCCACCGCCAUCCUAGCCAGAGACAUCAAGCUCGUUGCGGCCGGCUCAUUCAGCAACAUCUUCGGCCGGAACUCGAUCAACAACGCCUUGUUGACGCUCGAGCUUCCGGACCUCAUCCACAAGUUGAGAGCCAAGUACGCCGGCUCCGAGAAGGAGCUGACCCGCAGAACGGGCUGGACGCUGAAGUGGGACAUUCCAAACUCCCUCGUCACCGUCUCCAACGAGGCCGGCGACGUCGUCCUCACAAACAAGGUCGGCGAGUUGGGCACCAACUUGCAGGAGAUCAUCAUCGAAGGCGGCUUGGAAGGCUGGGUGAGAGCGCAGUUGAAGCAGCAAGCGGCCUGA